UAUUGUUGACAGGAGAUGCUGAUACCUAAAGAGCAGUGCCGCGUGCAGCCCCUGGCCACAGAAGGCAGGGCUGCCAGUUCCCUGCCUCACGCCAGGCUUGCUAGGACGCCCUCCAUAUCUUCGCAAAGCAGCCUUGAUAGCGGGACCUCUAGAGCUACUAGCCACCGUGGAUCUUCACCAGCAAUACGCACAUUCGCCCCUGAUGGCCGGACGUUAGAGGCGGGGGCGUGUGGGGCUCCUCGUUCCCCCUCACCGCUUCGUGCCGCUUCGCUCGACGUACGCGCAGCACCGCUUGCACACGGAUCCUUGGCAUCAUUGGCUGAUACUCCGACACCUUCAAGUCCAAGGCACGCACCACCACGAUGCCUGUCGCCGCUUCUGAUGCCACCGAGGCGGAUAGACCGCAGCAACUCUUUAGUAGAAAGCAGCAGUGGAGUAGGACCACUGAGUCCUGGAGCUAGUGCAGCCAUCAGCUCGCUGGGAGCCCUGCAGCCAGACCUGUACACCAAGCGAGAGGCACCCCUUGUGAUAGAACUGGAAGGAGCCGGGCCAUCCCUCGGCAGGAUCCACUUACGCCUGAAGUACGACUUCGAUAGAUCUGAUCUGGAAGUGCAUCUUAUUGAAGCUCAUGAUUUGGCGGGCUACGAGGCUGGGGGAUUCAAUGACCCUUACGUGCGGGUCACCUUACUCCCCGAAGUGGACACCCGAGUCCGCCAGACUCCGGUACAUCGGAACGAAGCCAACCCAUUCUUUGACCAACACUUUAAGUUCCCUGUGUCGCACGACGAGUUAUCUGACAAGACAUUGCUACUGCAAGUCUUUGAUUAUGACAGAUUCUCUCGCAACGAGGUGAUGGGGUCCGCGAAGGUGCCUCUCUCCCGUGUCGAAGUAGCGGGAGGUGCCGAAGUAUGGGCCGAACUGUCCCGAGAGCGACGUCCACCAGAGGAACUGCAAGAGCUGCUGUUGUCUCUUUCUUACCUACCAUCGGCUGAACGACUUACUGUCGUCGUGUUGAAGGCUAGGAAUCUGUUGCCACCCCAGGAGGGAAAGGAUGCUUUAGAUGUGUAUGUAAAAGUAUACUUGCUGGUGAAUGGGAAGCGAGUGAAAAAGAAGAAGACUAACAGAAAAGAGAUCAACAACCCUGUGUGGAACGAGGCCUUGUCAUUCAGCCUGCCGUCUGCUAACCUUCAGGAGGCAUCCAUUGAGGUAUGCGUGGUGAGCGGCGGUGGCAGCGGCCUGGUGGUGGGUUGGUGCUGCGUGGGCGCGGCCGAGCCCGCCGCGGAGGGCCGCCACUGGGCACAGAUGGCGCACGAGACGCGCAAGGCCGUUGCCAUGUGGCACACCCUCAGAUAG